GAAAAUCUCACCGAUCUGUCUGAUCUCUCGCAAGUCCACUCCAAGCCUCGCCGUCCUCCGCCGCCCUCUCCCUCUCCUCGCCAUGGCGCCGCCGCGCCGCGCUCUCCUCGCCCUCGCGGCCCUCCUCCUCUUCUCCCUCUACCUCACAGCCGCCGCCUUCCAGUCCGACGAGCUCGUCCUCAACGACGACGAGGAGUUCGAGGGCGUCGGCGCCCGCCCGUCCUCCCCCUCCCAGCCGGCGGCCCCGGCGGUCCCCUCCUCCCGCCGCCGAUCCGCGGACGCGGCGUCGGCAGCGGUCGGCGAGUCCAACGCCCUGCAGUUCACGCUUGAGCACGACCUCGGCGUUGGCAAGGGGUUCACCCCCGCCGGAACCUUCUCCGCUCGGCUCAAGACCUCCGCCCAUGGCACGCAGACUCUCACAAAGCUUCGCUUCAUGAGGAAUGAGUUAACUGAGGAUGAUAAAGAUGCAUUCAAAAAAUUGCUUCAGGAAGAUGGCUUUUAUACAAUCAGGCUGCCAUCUAAUGUGUUGGACCCUACAAGAAAAGACAAUGUUGUUUCCUCAAUCAAAGCUAGAUGCAUUCCACGUGACAGUUUGGAUGAACACGUUGUUAUCCACAUGGAUGGUGUAAAUAUUUUGGCAGUUAAUUAUGGUUCUGUUGGUGGAUGCCAAUACCCACGACAAAUGAAAUUUCCAUCAAAAUGGACAUUCAGCUCUUAUACUAUUUUGAAGACUGCUGAACAGGCACCAAGAACCCCAUCAUUUGUGGACCAGAUGUUAGAAGCUGACAAUGGACUUGGUGAAGUGAUGAAACCACCUGAGAAAUCAUUCUGGGCUAAAUAUUGGAUGUACAUUAUUCCUCUUGGUCUCAUUGUCAUGAAUGCUGUUACGGCAGCAGCAAACAUACCAGAGGAGCAAGCUGCAGGCCAGGGCCAACCUGGAGCACAACGAGCAUCCGCUGCUGCUGCAAGGAGAAGAUGAUUGUUGUUUCUAUGUGUUUUCGGUGUCAGUGCCUUGCGCCUUCCAGAUCAAUGGAGAAUGAACAGGAGACAGCUCGUACAAUAGCAUGGUGACCGGAUCCCAUUCUGUACUGAGAAGUUUCCCAUUAGCAUAGUGGCCUUUGAAGCUGCAGUUGAACACUCAUUUGUUGGUAGCAACUUUAACCAGUGCAACCUGUAUUUGAUGAUGUAAAGUGACUUUAUUUGUCCAUUUUGAAUCCUAUGUGUUGUUUAUAGAUCAUCCUUAUUUUGUACCGAUCGAAGUGGUCACUUGAUUAGCCAAUAUUCUCGUGUUUCUCGAGUGCCACAUGGACAUUGCUGUAUGAAGCUGCGCAAACUGUGGCAAGAUGUUUUGUAGCUACCAAAUAUAUGUACACGUAUUAGACAUGACAUUGUGAGAGUUUGCAAUUUCAUAUGGAUCAAGGAAAAAGGCUCUUCAAAA